AUGUAUUUAGGAGGAAGCUACCCAUAUCAAUCAAAUCCUUAUCAACAAGCCAUGAAUAAUCGACCAUAUUAUGGCGCACAAGGUGUUAAUUAUCCAUAUGCUGGACAAGCGCAGUAUCAACAAUAUCCGAAUACCGGUCAGUUUCUUCAAUAUGGACAAUACGGCUACCAAAAUCAAUACUACAAUAAGCCAUCCAAUCAAUAUGGUUACAAUACUCAAUAUGGAACAAAUUAUAAUAAUCCUCAAAACGGCGGCUGGCACCCUAGUUCGGGAACAAAUUCAGCUGGUUAUUCGGGAUAUCCCUAUUGGAAUGACGGGAAGAGGCAUUACGUCAGCAAAAUGUUAUCAGUUCUAACCUUAUUUUCAUUACUAUUAUUUGAGUUGCUAAAAUAUUAA